AUGUCUGAAACAGAGAAGUCGAGCCCCGAGCGCUUGCCUGAAGGGCAGCCUAAUCCCGUGCUCGUGGGGCCUGGCUUGAAAGCCCUCAGUACAGAGGCCUAUACGGAUGCCACAAAUGCGACACCGAGUUUGGAUACCGAUAACCAAGGUCAGAUGGAUAUUGAUGCGCCUUCAUACUUUGCCAACCUCCCAGGAGUGCAGACCGAGUCACUCGGUCCGUCUGAUUCGGCCUCGGCACCACACCCCAGGAGGAGGACGUCGUCGGGACAAGAAUUGCUACGACGUUUGAGUCUAGUGGGGAAUGGAUCCCCAAUGUCACCCGAGGUCGACCCUCGUGCGCAGCAUCCAGGUCUCAACUUGAGCGGGCGUUUGAUUAGCGCCUCCUUCUGCAUGCCCUACAAGCUCUACUUCCAAGCGGGCUCAGACUGGACGGUCAAGCCUCGUUCAGGCUCUUCGGCUCUGUUCGAUUCAUUUGCUCAUCUGGCCUCUGACGAGACCCAGUGGUCACACACCUUGGUGGGCUGGACAGGAGAGGUGGAGCCCAUCCUAGACACAAAGGCCCCUUUGCAAUCAAUUCCUGUCAAUGCAGCGGGAACAUUGGCACCCGGUGCCAACAACCCUAACCUAUCCACGCUCAAUAAGGCAGCUGCACCUAUUCCUGUGGAUGCUACCCAGCAGCCACAAUCUCAUCCGUUGGUGGAAGGAAUCACCGUCGGGAAGGAAGAUCGAGAGCGGCUUGAUCGUCAAAUGGCUUCGGGGCGCUAUGGUCGGAUUUUACCGGUUUGGUUAUCGGACGCUUCGGAAGAACCAGAUGACACCAUUCUACUCAAAGACCAGGGCCGGUGGCGGCGGUAUGCAGAGAGAGAACUAUAUCCUCUUUUGCACUACAAGCAGCACGGCCCGACUGACGGCCGCUCUGAGCGGCGGUGGUGGGCGGAUUACGUUCGGUUGAACCAGCUAUUUGCAGACCGCAUUAUCGCGGACUACCAGGAGGGUGAUGUUGUGUGGGUUCACGAUUACCACCUGUUUCUGCUUCCCAGCCUCCUACGACAGCGCAUUCCCAACAUCUAUGUUGGCUUCUUCCUCCACGCACCUUUCCCAAGUAGCGAGUUUGUUCGGUGUCUUGCAAAGCGCAAGGAGGUAUUGACCGGAGUUCUCGGCGCUAAUAUGCUGGGAUUCCAGACUUUCUCUUACUCGCGACACUUUUCAUCUUGCUGCACACGUGUCUUGGGAUUCGAUUCCAAUUCGGCCGGUGUAGAUGCCUACGGCGCACACGUGGCGGUAGAUGUCUUCCCCAUAGGCAUUGAUGCUCAGUCUAUUCAGAAGGCUGCGUUUGGUGCCUCAGAUAUCGAAAAUACCGUCGCCGGUAUUCGCAAACUGUACGCCGGAAAGAAAAUCAUCGUUGGCCGUGACCGACUGGACAGUGUUCGUGGUGUGUCGCAAAAGCUGCAAGCGUUUGAAAUCUUCCUGGAGCGAUAUCCUGAAUGGCGUGACAAGGUUGUUCUUAUCCAAGUGACCAGUCCAACUAGCAUGGAAGAAGAGAAGGAAGACCCUAACAACAAGAUCGCGGGCCAAAUCUCUAAUCUGGUCUCCACAAUCAACGGCCGUUUCGGCUCGUUGAGCUUCUCUCCUGUUCAGUAUUACCCACAAUAUCUGUCACAGCGAGAGUACUUUGCGCUGCUGCGUGUAGCCGAUGUGGGACUCAUCACCACUGUACGAGACGGCAUGAACACAACCAGUCUGGAGUACAUCGUCUGCCAGCAGUCUAAUCACAGCCCGCUCAUUCUCUCGGAAUUCUCUGGCACUGCGGGUACAUUGCCCAGCGCCAUCCACAUCAACCCCUGGGACUUGGUUGGUGUCGCUGGCGCUAUCGACCAAGCUCUCAGGAUGCCCGCCGAGCAGCGAAAGGAGCAACACUUGAAGCUGUACAAGCACGUCGUCACCAACACGGUUGCAACAUGGACAAGGCUGUUCCUUCACCGUCUGCUGACCAAUCUCUCGUCAUUCGACCAAUCUAUCGCCACGCCCGCGUUGGAUCGCGCCAAGGUCAUCAAGCAGUAUCGCAAGGCUCGGAAACGCCUGUUCAUGUUCGACUACGAUGGUACGCUUACGCCGAUCGUCAAGGAUCCACAGGCGGCCAUUCCGUCCGAUCGGGUUCUCCGCACACUUAAAAGUCUGUCGGCAGACCCCCGGAAUGCCGUCUGGAUCAUCAGCGGUCGUGACCAGGCCUUCCUAGACGAGUGGAUGGGCCACAUCCCUGAGCUGGGGCUUAGCGCCGAACACGGAUGCUUUAUUCGUCAGCCCGGAUCCGACGAAUGGGAGAAUUUGGCAGAGAGCACUGACAUGGGCUGGCAGAAGGAAGUGGUGGAUGUCUUCCAGCACUACACGGAACGAACCCAGGGUUCCUUCAUCGAGAGGAAACGAGUGGCAUUGACAUGGCACUAUCGUCGGGCAGACCCUGAAUAUGGCGCAUUCCAAGCCCGUGAGUGCCGAAAGGAACUAGAGAACACUGUUGCCAAACGAUGGGAUGUGGAGGUCAUGGCCGGCAAAGCCAACCUGGAGGUUCGCCCGACUUUUGUUAACAAAGGCUUCAUUGCUACACGACUGGUAAAUGAGUAUGGUACAGGGCCUGGUAAGGCCCCUGAAUUCGUUCUCUGCUUAGGAGAUGACUUUACGGACGAAGAUAUGUUCCGCGCCCUCAAGAAGUCCGACUUACCUCAGGACCAUGUGUACUCGGUGACGGUGGGUGCCAGCUCAAAGCAAACGGACGCUAGCUGGCACUUGCUGGAGCCGGCCGAUGUCAUCAACACCGUCCAGAUGCUCUUCAGCAACCCGAACCAGGACUAUUGA